GUAAUCCCCAAGCAUAUUAACCGAUACAGUCACAGCCAUUACACGGUUUUCAACCUCCACUGCUUCGUCAACCUUACUGAAUAUCACCAAUACCAUCAACCCCGCCCAUAGAGACAGGCACUCCACAAGCCGGAUCUAUGUUCGAGAAACUUGAGCAUAUCUACCGGAUGCUCCAUCCCAGCUAGAUGGAAUGGGCCUAGAACUUGACACCCCCUACUGCAUGCAAGUUAAGGCCAGAAUUGGACCCUAUCGAGCACAGCUUAAUACAAUAGAGCUGUAUGCAUGGAACCCUUGCAUCCUCGAUUAAAACCGACCCUGCAUACUUUAAACCGAACGAUAUUCCGGCAUUCCACCACCCAUUAUCGCGUCUGUCGAGCAUCGGUAGCCUCUUGGAGAGAGCGGCGAAUCUGCCGGUCACAGUCGCCCCGAAGCUGAGGACCUGCAUCUGUGUUGAGACGGUGCCUUCGGUUUCCUCCUCCAGCGUGGUCGAGUUCUUCGAGACUGAAAGGAAAGAGAUGGAAGCGCUUGCUCGUAUUAUACGGAAAUUCCCCAACUGGGGGCAGACGUUUCCAACAUUGAAGCGUCACUCUACGUAUUCAUUCAACGCACAGGCUAAUGAUCUGUUCUAUAAUCCUCACAUUCGUUCUGCGCUGUAUUUGUAUUCGCCGGAGCCGUUCAAAGCGUGCGAUAUCAUUUCCUUUGACUCGAAAUAUUGCUCUACGUCAUUUAAACUAUGUAUCGAUGAUAUUGGGUUGGUAUCUCCCAUUGAGGUGUUGAAUACCAGGGAUUAA